GCCUGUGAAAAAGGACAUGUACCUAGAUGGUGAUUAAGCAUAGCUCUACCGAAGCUAGUUAUCAUAUUAGGGAUAAGUCUACUAGUAAAAAUAAGGCCUGAGAAUCAAGUCUUGGAAUGCAAGAUUGACAACUCCCCGAGUCUGAAUACUAAUCGUCAAGCCCCUGCAGAACGAAACGUCUCGCUAUGUAUCUGACUAACCUGAUUGUAACUAACCUUAGGUAGUACUUGCCUAGCUCGGCGCGUCAGCCUUAACGGAUACAAUACGGACGGAGCUACCUCGAGACUCUCAAUUUCUGGAUAUUGCUGUCCUAGCUCCAAUAUUCUUCUCUUCAGUCUGUGAUCAUUUAUUCUCCUUUCACCAGUCACUCGUUUUUCAAUUUCAGCAGAUUCACUUAAUUCAAUUCACUCGUUCUUGGGCUGUUUUACAAAAACAAAAACAACAAUAAUAAUAAUAUGUCUGAAUCGCAUGCGGCCUCUGCAGCCGCAGACCCAGCCUCUGGUCCAGAAGGAUCAGAGUCUACCACUUUGACGGUGGGCACCAUCUUCCUGACUCUACGCCUAGACGGACUAAAUAUCUACGAAGAUGGAGGCAGUCCCGACCGCCGUGAAACUAGGUUCUGCGGUGUUCCUAUCACUAAACCAACGGUCGCCAUGACCAUACCGUACUACAAUGUCCUCUGGAUCUCUGCCGAAAACGAGCAACUUGUCAUCGAUUACGCCGCCGAGAAAUCCAAGGGAAAUGUCCACCACGCGAGGCUUAAGUACUCUCUCGACAGUGUACCAAUAUUCAAGACACAGCCUUUUAUCGCGGGCCUCCUCAAUCGUGUCUAUAGCCAAGUUCCACGUCAGCGACGCGCCAAGGUCCUUAUAAACCCUCAUGCUGGUCCUGGGGGUGCAACUCGCUUAUGGGAAAACGAUGUCAAGCCCAUUUUCGAAGCAGCUCGGAUGACUCUGGAUGUGAUUACUACGUCACGCAGCGGCGAAGGAAUAGAUAUCUGCGAGGCUCUAGACAUCGACGCCUACGAUGUCGUGGUGAUCUGCUCCGGUGACGGGCUUGCUUACGAGGCUUUCAACGGCUUCGGUAAACGGCCUGACGCACGCAGUGCCCUGCAAAAGGUUGCCAUCGCACAUAUCCCUUGUGGUAGUGGCAAUGCCAUGAGCUGCAACCUAAACGGUUCAAAUGCCGCGGGGGCUUCGGCUUUGGCUGUAGUAAAAGGUGUUCGAACUCCUAUGGAUUUAAUGACUGUCACCCAGGGCGAUCGACGGAUGUUAAGCUUCUUGAGUCAAUCGGUUGGUAUCAUCGCGGAAGCCGAUCUUGGAACUGAGAACAUGCGGUGGCUGGGCGCGAAACGCUUCGACCUAGGUGUAGCCCAGCGCAUUUUCAGCAAGAAGGUGUAUCCUUGCGAUAUCGCCGUGAAGGUUGAGCUUGAGAAUAAGGAUGAGAUCAAGGCUCACUACAAACGGAUCCAGAGCGACGAAGAGGGGAAAAACAACGAUGAGCCCUCGCUAUCUAGUGUCUCGAGGCCAGAUGCAGCAGAAGGGUUGCCACCAUUACGCUUCGGCACAGUCAACGACCAGCUACCUGAAGAUUGGCAGGUGGCCUCGCAUGAUAAACUAGGCAACUUCUACUGCGGAAAUAUGGCAUGGGUGGCUCCAAGUGCCAACUUUUUCCCCGCCGCAUGUAUCAAUGACGGACUAAUGGACCUUGUCACCAACGAUGGAGACAUACCGAUACUUAAAUACAUAGAUCUCAUGACUUCUGUCGAGAACGAGUCGUUCUUCGACAAGAAACUCCUUUCAUACCGCAAAAUUGUCGCCUACCGUUUCACCCCGCGUAACCAGACUGACGGCUACAUCAGUAUUGAUGGCGAACGUAUUCCUUUUGCACCCUUUCAAGUUGAGAUCCACCCCGGCCUUGGCACGGUGCUGUCCAAAAGUGGACGGUAUGAAUCUUUCGGGCCUCCCAAAUGGAGAGAUGCUUAGGCGUAUAUCUCAUUUUAUUUCUUUACCAUAUACCAUAUUAAUAGACUGAGGAUUGAAGGCAACUAGCGAGAUAAAGAUACCCCAUAGAGAACAAACUUAAUCACAGCGGACGGAGGAUUAGGAGCUAGAGGAAUAGUCUAUCGACAAUUGGACUACCACGGGAGUUUUGCGAGUAUUUGCCAUUUCAAGUGUUAGCGAAGUAUAGUCGCGUCGCAACAGG